GCCACACAACAACACAUCGCCUUCAACACUGCCUGAGCGCCUACAGAUUACAACAGCUGCUCCCCAAGGACUGUGCUCUCUGCUGUCUGCCCUCGCCCCUUGUUCAAAUCCGAUGCUUGACAGCCCCUACUACUACUACUGUGCAAUCCACUGAACGUAUCACGCCAAACUGAACCUACUUUUCAAUCCACGCGACUGGACUCCGCCAAACUACUUCUUCCGCGCCAGGGAGACUCUGAGAGUCUCUGGCGUCGUCGGCGUCAUAGUCGCGUCGGAUCGCCAUGGAGUGUGGCUCGAUCCUAGGCAGCAUGCCUCCCGCGCUGAUAAUAUCUCCGCCCAUCCCCACGAAGGCCUCUUCGGUCUCCCUCGCGAGGCUUCAUCGCAGCGCCACGCCCGGCGCUCCCAGCGCGAAACGCCAGCGCUGUUCGCCGAGGAGCGGAGGUGGCGUCGGUUCAGGGGAGGCGUUGUCGGCGGAGAAUGCGGCGGAGAUCCCGCCGCCGCGACCGAAAAAGUCCUGCUUUAUUAUGCUCGAGGAGGAUGGGGACGACGAUGAUCAUCAUCAUGAUCAUGAUGCUGCUGCUGCCAGUAUCGCAGCGUGGUGCGACGACGGAAGCUUCCCGGAAGAAGACAUCGACGCGCUUUUUGUGGCUGGCGAAGGAGCAUCGGCGAAGAGUCGGAGCCCUCGCGACAGCGACGAGCAGUCGGAGGAGCUGUCGCAGGGGGUUUGCGAGGCGUCGCAGGGGUCGCCAGCGUCGCCGCAUGAGCGGCAGGGGAAUGGCGGGAGUGGCAACAGCAGCGAGAGCGGGGAGACGUUGAGCGAGAAGCAGCAGAAGAGCUGCGAGGAGGGAAGUGCGAAGACGACGACGAGCAAGGAAGGGCGCAGCAAACGCAAAGUCAAGGUGGACUGGACUCCUCCCCUGCACCGCCGCUUCGUGCAAGCCGUCGAGGCGCUCGGCGUCGAGCGCGCCAUCCCGUCGCGCAUUCUCGAGCUCAUGGGCGACGCGACGCUCACGCGCCACAACAUCGCCAGCCACCUCCAGAAGUACCGCUCGCACCGCCGCCACCUGCUCGCAAAGGAGGCGGAAGCCGCCACCCUGCACGCGCGCGCGCCGCCCCACGCGCCCCCCCCCGAUCCCAGCUCCUGGACUCCGCUCCGCCGCGACGGCACCGCGUGGGUGCCCGCGAGCGUCGCGUCCGCUGCGCUCAGUCCGGGGAGUUCCUCCGCUUCCGCCGCAGCUUCCGCUUCCGCUGUCUCCGCCAUCGCGGAGGGAACGUCCGCCAACGGCGCGGUCAGCGCGGCGGGUUCUGCCGCGGCUGCCGCGACGUUGCCAACCACUUCGCCGACGGGGGUAGCGAUUUCCCCCGCGCAUAUGGGCGCAAUUGGCGUGGCGCACGGAGGUUUAUCGCCGAGCGCCAAUGUGGCGGUGGGGUUUCCGCCGUCGUUCCCCCAGUCCUCCGCCGCCGCGCACGCGGGAAUGCCCGCGCACCUUGCUGGCGCGGGGGCUGGCGGAGCGGCCCCCGGUUUGCUCCCCGGCGGAGGGCGCGUGGUAAUCGGGCGACCCGUCGCCGGCGCGUGCCCCCCGCGCUCCCUGUUGCGCGUGAUGCCUUCCGCCAAUGGCGCCCCUGCCGCCGCUGCCUCCGCCGCGGGACCCUGCGGGAUGAGCGGAACGAUGAUGGGCGUGCCGCUGCACCUCUGGGGGCGAUCCCCCGGAGGGGGCGGGCAAUCACACGCGAGCGCCCGCGGGUGGGGGAGCCUACAGGCGGGAGUGCCCGCGCACAGCUCAGCGGGAGGUGCAGGGGGAAGCGGAGCACUCAUGAUGGCGGGAGCGCCGUCGACUGGAGGAUGGUACGGGAAUAGCGGAAUGGGUGGCGCUUCCCCCGGAUAUCACGGGUACGUGCAUGCGCAGCAGGCGUACCAUCCAAGCAUGCAUGUGGACGCAUGGGGUCGACCCAUAGCCAGCAUGGAGCAGGGCCAGCAGCAGACCCAGCAGCAGCAGCAGCACCCAUACACGCAGUACUCGCAGCAGCAGCAGCAUCACCAUCUGCACGCGCUGCCCCUGUCUCCGUACGUCUCCUCGUCAUCAUAUGGUAUGCCGUCCGCUGGCCAUAUGAGCUACCCCAUGGCGUCAGCUACCUCUGCUGUUUUCCCCACCGCCGCCACUACUGCCGCUUCUGACGCCAGUGCUUCGGCUUUGGCUGCCGCUUCCGCAGCCGCUGCCGCUGGUGGUGGUGUGGGUGCCGGUGGGGGUCCUUACUCCAAUGCCAUGCUGACCUAUCCUGGUGCAGCAGUAGCACAUUCCCACCACCACCCGGGGCCUUUCCCCUCCUCGCCCUGCUCCUCCCUCGGCUCUCUGCCCGGGUUUCCCACUGCCAGCAGCAGCACCGCCACCACGUCCCACUCCAGCCGCGCCUGGUCCGAUGCCAGCCAUGCUGCUGCAGGGGCAUCUGCAGGGGUUGCAGCAGCAACAGCAGCAGCACGAGCAGCAGCAGCAGCGUCAGUACCUGCUGCUGCUGCUGGUGCUGGUGGUGCCGCUGAUGGGCCACUGAAGAAGCCUGGCUCUGAUGCUGCGGGUGGGGCUGGUGAGCCGACGGUGAACGGCGCCCUUCCUGAGAAGCAGGCACAGCAGGAGGAGGAGAAGAAGGCGAAGCUGGAGCAGCCAGAGCAGCAGCAGCAACAAGCAGCAGCAUCAGCAGCAGCAGCAGCAGAGGAGGAGGAGGAGGAUCCGGAGGCCUUGUUCUCGGACUCCCUAUUCCACGACCAUGACGACCUGUCCCUGCUGCUGCACCUGCCCUCCUCGCCCACUGCCGACGACCACCACCACCACAGCAGCAGCGCCGACGCCGACGCGCUCGACCUGCUCAACGACUUCCCCUCCUAUGCUGGGGCGGCUGGUGGUAUGGGCCUCGGCGGCACCGGCAUGGGCUUUGCCAUGCGCAUGGGGGGGGGGAGCAUGGGCAUGGGCGUGGGCACCGGUACGGGCAUGGGCAUGGGGAUGGGGAUGGGUGGGGCAGAGAUGGGGAUGGAGGGCGAGAGCGGCAUGGGCAUGGGUAUGAGCAUGGAUGCAGCACUGAACCAGCUCAUGUGGGGUGAUGGCGGUGGCAGUGGCUCCUCCGCCAUGGCUGGCAACGGCAUUGACAAUGAGCUUGUGGACUGCAAGCCGAUCAACCCCGUGUGCCUCAAGCCCAUCCUGCCACCGCCCACCAAGACCUACUCGUGACCUGUUACCUUCCCCUGCUGCCGCUGCCGCCGCCGCUGCUGCUGCUGCAACGGCUCCAGCCUCCCUCCUGGGCACAAUAAAGCCUCAUCUGCUUUGUUAGAUAGCGCUCCCCUCUGCCUCGUGCCUGAGGUAUAGUGAUGCUUCCUCUUCUUUCCUUUCUUUCCUUCCCAGACACAGUGUAGCUCUUUCAAUCAAUGUGAAGGCACAAG